UCUUUCUAUUUAACUCUGUUAGGUGUUCAUUGCCCAGUCCAGAGCUUCUGGAAGUCACCGAGAUGUUGAAGAUGAAGAGCUUACACGAAUCUUUGUUAUGAUACCGAAAUCCUAUACAGAGGAAGAUCUGAGGAGUAAAUUUAAGGUGUACGGAGACAUUGAAUAUUGUAGCAUUAUUAAGAAGAAGGCUACAGGAGAAAGUAAAGGUUUGGGCUAUGUGAGAUAUUUAAAACCAUCCCAAGCUGCCCUGGCAAUAGAAGAGUGUGAUCGAAGUUACAGGGCCAUUUUGGCUGAACCUAAAAACAAGCCAUCUGAAUCCUCUGAACGUGAAUUUUACAGUAACAGCACUAGUAUGAGACAGGAACCAAUGGGGCAUGAACCCAGAGGGAAUGUGUUUCCCUUUGAAGGCCAGCCAGAAUUUCGUAGUUUUGAAAAGAGUCAGACGAGAGUUCGAGAAUCCGUUUCCAAAUGCCUGUCAGUGGUAUCACGGCUUCCCUUCAUACAAGAGCAGCUGUUCUUCCUCUUUGAUCUAAUCCCAGGACUGGAAUAUUGUGAUGUUCAGCAAGAUCCUCAUACUAAUCAUGGGCAUGCUAUAAUUCAGUAUACUACUGCAGCAUCGGCUAUAUAUGCCAAAUACAAGCUACAUGGGUUUGAAUAUCCUCCUGGAAAUCGACUAGGUGUAAAUUUCCUUGAAGAUGGAAGCGAUGGAUCAGACCACAUCAGAAAAAUGGCAACACAACUGGUGACUUCACAGAUGUCAUCAAUAGUGUCACAUAAUAAUCUAGCUGGUCAGCAAUAUACAUCAUCUCCCCAAACAGAUGCUGUACUUCCAUCACGCAAAAAAAAGGCUCCACACGAGACUUCUGUGAGAGAAAGGCUUUUCAUAGUGUUUUAUCCUCAUCCCUUACCUGUAAAUGUGUUGGAGGAUGUAUUCUGUCGGUUUGGACAUCUUAUAGAAGUUUACCUGGUAACAGGAAAAAACGUGGGAUAUGCGAAGUUUGCAGACAGAACAAGUGCCAGUGAUGCCAUAACUGCAUUACAUGGCAAGACGGUGAAUGGUGUCAGGCUUAAAGUAAUGUUGGCAGAUUCACCUGCAGAAGAAUCUAACAAACGUCAAAGAACUUAUUGACUCGGUGGAGCAGACACUAAAUAAUGACAUGACCCUCAGCUGACUGACUGAAAACCUGACUAGAGACAGUUCCUGUGGACAGUGACAGCUCUUUGUACUGGUAGCUGAAGUUUGUGUAAAAACCUCUUUAUUUUUAAAACCUCCCAGAAUACAGUAUGUAGUUUAAAUCCACAAUUCGACAAUGUUUAAAUUAUAAACUGAUAGUUGUUCUAGCAGUCUGUCAUUCUGUAUUAGCAAAAUAAAAUUCUUUGUUUAAAUCAUGCCUCUAACAUGAACAUUUUAAAGAUGGAGAAAAAAUAAAUGAGGCAACAUUAAUGGUUUGCUUACUA